AUGACCAGUACUUCCGGUGUUAUUCUGUUGCUUAUCAUUGGAUUUUCAUUUGGAUUCAUGAUAGCAAGUUACAUGGGGUCCAACCUGACGCAUGUGCCAUUGAAGAGCGAACCUCUUCCUAUGAAAAUCACACUUUUCAAUGAUGGCCGCUCUGAUAUUCCGGAUGAGAGACAACGUAAUGCAGAGAACACAGAGAGGAAUUCUAAAAGCAUUCAAGUGCCUGAUGCCAAACAUGUCAAACCCGGAAGCAGAAUGAAUAAAGGAAAUGAAAUACCAGAAGUUAAGCAAAACGAACAGACAACGUUGCUUAUUUCGUCACAUCCACCCCCAGGAAGUAAUGAAUCGUUUAAGAUUGAAAAUUUAAAACGGAAAAUCUCAAAGGAUGUAGUUGGCAUAGCGAUACGUCAGGACAUGAAGAGAUAUAUUUGUAACGAGUACAGUGGUGCACUUGGAAACCUUAUGUUCAUGUAUGCUUCAUGCUAUGGUAUCGCAUACGAUUUUAAUAUGACACUUGCCCUUAGUAACGGGGUAUAUUUAUAUGGUCCAUUUGAAGGGAUUCCCAAACAAAAAAAGCCAAAAUCGGAAUACUGUCGAGGAGAACAGAAAUCAUUUAAUGAAGGUAAGCCAAGAUAUUAUACCAGAUUCAAUAUCCAAGAAACAGAUAAAUAUGUGAGACUUAAUGGGUACUUACAAUCUUGGAAAUACUUUGCAAAUUCUUUUGAUGACCUGAAACAACAAUUUACAUGGAGAAACGGCAUUCGGGAUGAAGUGGAAAAAAUUAUUGCUCGUUUAGUGAAAACAAGUUAUCCAAACGAUGAAUUUAAGUCGGUGACUACUGUUGGAAUACAUAUCAGGAGAGGCGACUAUGUUCCCGUACAUCGCCCAAUGGCAGAUAAACCCUACAUAGAAAGUGCCAAACAAUAUUUCUUGAGUCGAUACUCUAAAGUUUUAUUCAUUGUUGCGACGAACCCUGUAGUCGAAGCUAGGCAAUGGUGUAUAGCAAAUGUUAUCAACGGUACAGGGAAGUCUGUGUUUUCGGGAGCCAAUAAUGACCGCUAUGUUGACAUGGCUCUGCUGUCCAUGACUGAUCACGUGAUCAUAUCUACUGGGACAUACGGGUGGUGGGGUGCAUUUUUAAAUAAAGGAACAGUCAUACAUUAUGAUUGGAUACCACCUAACCACUAUAGAUUCAACAGAGAGGAUUACAUUUUACCGUACUGGAUUGGAAUCAAAGCCACUAAAAUUGAUUGGAGCAAUUCUCUGUUUAGGACACUCAAACCUCCUUGA